AGACGGCAUCGGGCACCCGGCACCGGCCAGAGCUGGCUCGUCCGCUUCGCCAGAUCCACGGCGUUGUACACCGUCUCUCGUGCGCACCCAUAUCUCUCCCUCUCUGCCUCAACGGUAUCGUACUGCGUGGAUGUGCAGCCAGUGGUGAACGUUUUGGAAUUUGUACGCGCUAUAGUCUCGCAAUAUCGCGCGGUGAGUUCGGCUGAGAGGAGGAACGUCAGUGGCUUUGUUUAUACGCUCCCGGGAAAGUAGCAUCAGCCCCGCUACCUGUUGACCCCAGCAGCAGCAGCGCUUCGUUCGCAGGCCAGUUCUACCUCGCAGAGUCUGAAAGUGCAGAUAAUGAUGGGUCGUUUUCCCCUUGUCAGGCGUCUCAGCUUACAGCCCACCUCAAUGAGGAACGGCCAGGAGGAUGGACCCCACAGACCUCACAGGGGCAGCAGACACGGGGAGUCGGCAAACGGGGGCAAGCCGAUAAAAGUGAUCGUCCUGGGCCUGGCCAGAGUCGGUAAAACAGCCCUGAUCUACCAAUUCCUCUACAGCAAAAUACCGGACAAGUACAAAGCGACGGUCGACGACUCGCACUACGCGACCUUUAACGCGGCCAAGGAGAAGAAGAUCGUCUUCGAGAUCCUCGACACCUCGGGCUCGCUUGAGUUCCCCGCGAUGCUCGACCUGUCGAUCAAGCAGUACGACGUCUUCGUGCUCGUCUACGACGCCAGCGACCCUGGCACCUUCAAGAAGGUCAAGGAGCUGCGCGACCAGAUUAUGCGCACGAAAAACAAGGCACCCAUCGUCGUCGUUGCCAACAAAAUCGACCUGUGCGACGACAAGGAACUGGAAGAGGUCAAGGCGAAUCGUGAGCUGGUCCAGCAGGAAUGGGAGCACGGAUUUGUCGACGCAUCCGCCAAGGAGAACACGAACACGUGGAACGUGUUCCAGGAACUGCUGAAGCAGGCGAACAUCGAGUACGACUUGCGGCCUGCCCUGAACAAGCGCAGGCAGUCGCUGCCGCCGCCCCAGCACAAUUCGCGCGCCAGCAUCGCCCAGGUCCAGCUGUCGCCGGCCCAGCUCCAGCACCUCGAGCAGAUCCGCGAGAACUCGGACCGCAGCACCGAGAAGGGACGCAACUCGUGCAGCGUCUCGUAAAGUCCCCCAUCCAGCUACCUACCCACACAGUCCUUACAUGCGAUCUCAUUCUCUCUCUCUCUCUCUCUCUCUCUCUCUCUCUCUCUCUCUCUCUCUCUCUCUCGCUCUCCAUCUGUCUCUGUGAGACGCCCCUACUUGUCGUGUGUCUAGCCGUCAUCAUCUCUGAGCCCCGCGCGAGAAUGCAGGUGUGCGCAAGAAUGAAAUCACGCCGGGAAAGAUGCGAGAUUCGAGGCGCUCUGAAACUGGAUAUAGCAACAUUUACGUGCGAAGAAAACCGGAGAAUCGGGUUUAGGAAGGACGAUUUUUGCUUCUUAUAAUAUAAUUUGGUCAUUGCUAUAUUUUGUUGAUAACAAUGCAACGCAAAAACGAAUUAUUCUUUCCUUGAUAAAAGAGAAAACGGUGGGAAACUCGUAAUCUCAUGUGAAUUGGCGGCGUGGUUCUCUUCGUUUCGCUCUUCUUGUAUCGAGUGCGGGCUGUCCCGCAUAGAGAAGUCGAACGAGACAAGCCAACUUUUAUUUUGUUAGAUGUAUCAAAGAUAAUGAUGAAGCAGAACUGAAGAAAUUCUCUACUUCAUUCGAUAAUCCGUGUUCAUCUGUGUGUUUCUCUACUCAUAUAUCGACAUCAAGCUUGACGAGGGGCGAUCGAACUAACUAACCCAUACAGCGAGUGAGAUUUGUGUACAACGCGUAUAAAAUGUUCAAAUGAAUAUAACGCGUAUCAUCCCCGACAUUAAUUACUUACUUUGUACGAAAAUGACGGCGUUAUAUUGCGAAUAAUGUCGCUGUGAGAGAUGUUAUUAUUCAAAAAUAAUAAUAUGUUCACAGCGAUCACUCGAGUGAAUUUAUAAAUGUGUAGCGCGUAUGUAUUAAGCCUGAUUUGCUAACCACUCUCAUACUUUCAACGAUAAAUCAUAUCGAUGUUGUUGUAGAAGCAAACUUCCUAAGGACAGUGUGGAAUGUCAUUAAAUUAUAUUAUUUUUCAUAAAUAUACUGAUAUAUAAACUAAAAAAAAACAAAAAUAAAUACAAAAUACUUAAUCAAAAUAUAUAGUGCAUGCACGAAGUGCUAUUGCGAAAGUAAUCUAAUGACAAAUCACUUAUGUUAUAGAGUACGAUCAUGAUAUCAAAUAUGAGAAAGCGUUUCAAAAUAGAGCCAUUUAUUUACUUUUUUAUUUCAAGCGUUCUUUUUAUACCGCAAUAAAUAUUAUUGUUCUGAGUGCGUUAUGAAAUAAAUUCAUAUCGGCGUAGAGAAAAACCACCCUACAGUACCCAGACUAUUUUGGUCAAAGCUUUUUAUUGAUAGACUGUAAAAUUUAAUUUUUAAUUUCGAUAAUAUUGUUUCUUAAAUCGUUAUUCUGGGGAAGUUUUUCGAUAUUAGCAUAUUGCUUUCUUUAAACUAGGAUUUAUGUAAUCAUCGAAAAUUUCUUUUGAAAACGUAAUCUACAAAAUCGCAAUUUAAGCCCAAACGAUGCUUUAGAGCCUAACUUAUAAUUAUAUCUAAUGAACGUUAUAUGUAUUAAUAAUAAAUGAGAGCCAAGCAAAGCUAGAAACAAAUUUGAAAAUAUAACUAUUCGUAAAUUACAAAGGCGGAAGUAAUAGGGCGCGAUAACUUUAAUCUAAUCAGUGGCUUCGGUCACCGAAAGUUUCGACAUGUAUUGUUGUUACGUUCCUGAUUAUUAUAUUAUAAUAGUCAGGACAUAACACCGUAAAACUGUUCAGCGUGUACUUACAUGUAUUCGAUAAAGAGCAAUUGAAAUUUUAUUUCAUAUUUUUCAAUAUGAAUUGUACUUUCAAAUGUUUUAAUUAAAUAUAUAUGAUUACUGAUUGUGUAUCUGUCCAAAAUGCCUAAAAAGCGAAUUAAAUCAUCACUUGAUGGUUUGCAUUGCAAUUUUCAGCAAACAGCAUAGGUUUUUAUAAAUGAACUAACGUACUAAGUUUAUGUAUAAUAAUAAAUGUAUUCGUUACUAAUACUUGUAUUUGUUAAGUUGAUUUUUUACAAAAAUACAUUUUCAUUUUUGGAAGAAUGAAAAAGACUGAAAUAAUACACCAGAUGAAGAGCGAUACUUGAAUAUUUCAUGAUCUAUAUAAUGAACCGUUUUUCUAGCUGUAGAAUGAGAUGGCGUGAAAAUACACAACGGUCUUCAUUUACAUGUGGAUUUUCAGUUAUUCGCAAAUUUUUCAUAAAGUUAUGCAGUCGAUUCAGUAGGUGUGUGGUGAAUAAUACAAUUUUGUGAUUUCUCGUAACAAUUGUACUGAAAGUGUUAUUCAAAAUAUAAUACAUGCAAGUUUGUCGAAAAGCAAGAAAACAUAAGAAUCGAUAUGUAUAUUAUAGACUUUAGAAACCUUGCAUUGUCUGGCAUAAAUAAAUAUUCACUUGUUAUACUUGCCGAACGGAUUAAAAACUUCAUUAUAUGUAGCGAAAUCACGAAUUACAAGCAUGAUUAUAUAAUACAUAGAAUCAAUAUAAUCAAAUAAUUAUGAUUGUAUUCUUGUAAAUGAAAAUAUUUGUUAUAUAACAUUAGGAAAUAUUUAGUUUUGUCAAAAUAUCAAAAAGAAAAAGAAAUAACCAAAUUAAAAAUGAUUAGGUGUGUGUUAAUAUUAUAGAUAAUCGAUCCGAUUAAAGGUAGAUAGUUUUAAAUACAAAUGUACUUAUACAUGUACACCUGAACAUGAUUUACAUUGUAAAAGAGUGUAAUUGUAUAAGCUUAGAGGCUGUUUCAACUUUUAAAGAAAAAAGCUAAUUUAUUUCAUGUACUCGUAAGAAAAUUAGUAUAGAGCGAUAAAAGUUAUCUGUUUGGUCCUAUAAAAUUACCCACUCUAUGCAUAACUAUUCAUACUUAUUCGAAAUUAAUAUUCAUAAAAAGCUAUUUCCGUAUAGGUGAUCAACGUAUGCCUGUACAUACAUACAUAAGAAACUUUCUGAUAAACAGUCACAUUGAUCGUAAGAAGCUGGACUUCUCGAAACGACCUUUAAAAGAGCUAUAUAUUUUUAAAGGAAACAAUCAAGCCAAUGUGCGCGCCUCGAACCAUUUCCCCAAAAAUUUUCACCACGCUUCCCAAAAUUGAAUUCUAAUGUGCAAUCUACAAAACGGGUAAACGAAGAAAAUCUCUCAAAGCGGUUCCAGAACAGUAAAGCUUAAUAACUUGAACGCUUGACCGACAAUAGCAACCUCUUUUUCUUGUAAUUUCUUAAUUCCGUUUCGUUGCUUUCACGCUUCAACGGUUUACUUUACUUUUUUUGCUCGUCAGAACAAAAUAUUAUGUAAAUGAAACCUUUCGUGUUAUUAAAGCGCUUUACUAUUCUCGAGCUAUAACUUUAAUCUAGUGCAGUUCUGAAAUAUAGAUAAUUCUAAACGCCGCUACAUAAACGUAAAUUCUAUCUAAUACAGUCUAUGCAUGAAUAUAUAUUUAUUAUGAAUGCAAUUUCUACAAUGAAAAAAAUUAUAUUCAGGCUCAGGCACUACAGCUAUAGUCAAAAUUAAAUGCAAGCGAGUUAAUACACCAAAUAUCAUAAAGAAGAAUGGCACAAAAGUGAGAAAAGUAUUCUUUCUUAUGCGUAUUAUAUACCACUUAUGCGAAAUUUAUGCAAAAAAUUACUUUUUAUGUAAAAAUUCAAUUUUCGUCUAUCGCUGGAAACCAAAAAAUACAGAUAGGUAUUGAUUUUCGACUUUAUGCUGAACAUUAAUAAAAGCUGUCCAACACAAAUAAUAUUAUGCAAUCUAUCAUAUUUUCAUAGAUGAUACUCUGAGAAAAAUCGUAGCCUCAUAUAAGAAGAACAACUUUUUUGUUUGCUGAAUAUACAAGUUGAGCUAAAUUUUCAAUUUUACGAUCUUUAGUGUGAGCACCUUCUCUAUCGCGCCCGUAAAUUUAACCGAAAUGUACCAGACGACAGUAUAAUAAGGCCUUCAUAUGUGAUAGAAACACCUUCUGUAGUAAUAUAGCAAUUUUGCCCGUAAAUUCUUGUCAUCUUUUAUGAAAACUCGUGGUCUGUACGGCGCUGUAAACGUAUGCACGUGUACAUAGAAAGCAAAUUAGUCAAAUUAUUCCGUGGUUAUGGCUCAAAUAAAUUUAAUCGACUUAAUUAAACAAAAGUUUAAAGUGUUCUCUCAUUAAUAAGCACUUGAUUGAAUGCUUUAAUUAUGAUUCUUACUAUAUAACUAUAUUACGCUACACAGAGAGUAUUAUAGUUUCACCUUUAUAUUAUACGACUCAAGAGUUUUCAUUAAAGUAUAAAGUUGUGUUUUAUCUCAAGCUUACAACUUUGCAUUGAAAAUAUUACGAAUACAUUUUUCUAACAUACUUACUUAAAAACAAUACAUGAAAUAUUACGAAUACAUUUUUUCAACAUACUUACUUAAAAACAAUACAUGAAUUACAUGACUUGAGAUCAAUCUAGAAGCGUGAGUUAUAUAUUAUGACCCAUUUGAAUAUAUUACAUUAUUCAAUUCAUUUGAUAAUGUAUUAUGAGAAUAUUGCAAAAUCUUUUAAAAUUUAAUUGUUUGUAAAGAAUUUAACAAUAAUUUGCCAUUUUUCAUAUAAAAUGAUAACAUAUUGCGAAUUUAUAAAGAUUUAUAAUUUUAAGGUAUAAUAUUCAUUAGAUUUAUAUAAAAUCAUCAAUAUUAUAUUAGCAACGGAGUUUAUUCUUGAUUGGUUGAUAAACAAAAAAAUAGGAAUUUAAUUCAUUUUUGUAGUCAAAGGAAGAAAUAAAUUCUUUUAUAA